AUGUCAUCAAAUACAUCAUUGGACAUGGAUGACUUAAGUAAGUUGACUUCAAAAAUGAUAGUCUAAAUAAAUGUAUAAAUGGUAGGUAUUAUUAAUUUUAUAUUAGAUAGAUAGGCACAUAUUUUUAUCAUUUUUUUAGAUUUACUUACCACCUAAUAAUAAGAAUCUAUUCAGUAAUGACAUAAAAAAAAUAUAUAAAAUUAUAAGUAAUUUUUCAUACAGUUAGAAAUCACAAGCCUGUGAGAGCAUAUGGAUCCCCUGAUCCAUAUAUUUGAAAUACUACAGGUAAUUAUAAUAUUAUGUAGGUAUCUAAUAGCUGUAACCUGGGUAUUAGGAAAAAAACUCCUCGGACAAAAAAGACCCAUUGUGAAAUAAUACAUAGCAACAUAGAUAUACAAAUUAAAUACAUUUACAUAUAUUAAAAAAAUAAUAAUAAUAAAUCACAAAAGAGAAAACAAAAAAUAUUUAUUGUAUAUUUUAUUUUAAGUGAAAGAAAAAAAUAAACACAUUAUUGGGUAUAAAUUAUUUUUACAAUUUUUACCAAACGUUUAUUUUCAAUCAAACAAUUAUUGAUUAAUUGUUUUUUAUUUUGAGCCCCAGAAAAAAAUUGAAGAAAAAUGAUUAAAUACAUUUUUAAAAUAAUUAUGAAUCACAAAAAAAAAAAUAGGUAACUCAAAAAUAAUUAAGUAGAUAUUCAGUCACAUGAUUUUUGUAUAAUUAUGGUUUACUGCCAUUGAAAAUUCUGUAUUAAUACUUAUUAGGUAGUCAUUUAAAAACAUUAAAUUUCAUCAUUUCUAACUCAAAAUAUAAAUAAAUAAUGAAUUAAAUUGCUUAGAUCUUACAGUUUCCAUAAUAAAAAAUAAAUUUAAUUUUAGUAUUUACAGGAAACCUACACAAACUGGUGCUAUAGUACCACAUAAUUUUUUAAUUCAAUAUUAUACAGGCUAAUGUAUUUAUUUCAUUAAAUAAACAUAAUUAUCAAUAUGAGCUCAAUAUUAUCUAUAAUAUAGCCUAUAGAAAUAAUUUCAAUUUAAAGACUAAAAAACAAAUUCAUAAAUGUAAUAAAGAAAAUAAAAUACACAACUCACCAAAAAAUGUUGUCAACUAUUAAAGUAUGAUAUAUCAACAUAAUAUGUCUAAUCAAUUCUCUAAAAUUCUGAACAAUAAUACAAAUAAUUUAAAAAUCGCUUUUAAGACUAAUAAUAAUUUAAUCAAGCAUGUAAACAAUAGAACUAAAAACUUCACAAAAAAUCCCUCUUCUUUUGAAACUACUAGUAUACAUAAACUUAAAUAUAACUGUUAAACAUUUUAUAUAGAUAAGACAAAUAGAAAUUUUAAAAUAAGAUAUAAAGAAUAAAUUUGUGAAAUAAAAUUUAAAAAGGCUGCCCAUAAUGAUAUUAAUACAGACAUAGAAAUAUUAAAUAACCAAAAUAACAUUCACAUUUAUUCAGUUUUAGAAGAAUUACACAUACACAAUGAAAUCAAGACAAAUAAUUUUAAUGAUAUUUUAAAUGUUCAAAUCUAUUUUAAAAAUAAUAUCUUAAAUCAAUACAUUUUAGAUAAUAAACAGUAACCAAAUAAUUUAUAAUUCUUAACAUCUCUGUCUAAUAUGUCUAAUAUUAACUCAUUUUAAAUAAUCUCUCCUAUUAAAAUAAAUUAUUUCUAUGUAAAACGACAAUUUUUUAUAAUUUUUACGCUAUGUAUUCCUUUAUUUAUUUUUUCAUAUUGAGUCGCAUUUUAAUUUUUGACUUAGUGAUUUUACCUAACAAUUAGUUUUUAAUUCAAAACUGGUUGUAAAAUACACAUUUCAUAAUACUCUAUUUAUUUAUAUUUUUGUUAUUCUGGGCACUAAAAGUGAUUUAUGUCUGCAAUCGGGUAAUAACGAAAAUAAAAUAGAAAUAUUAUCUACUGUGUUCGUACAUUUGUUAAUAAUAUUUUCGCCGUGUAUGUGACGAGGUAAAUUAAAAUACGGACGACAGGCCAGUUCAGUUUGCCCCUAAAAGGCGUAGCAUGAUUUCUUCAGUGGAGAGCUAUAGCCCUAACACUUAACAGAAUAGUUUACAUAGGUACUUAUACAUAUCUACACGUAGGUUUUGUUGCUCCUACACCUAUUUAAAAACAAUAGGUUAUUUAGAAAUAAACGCAGGAAUGGUUUUGGGAAUCCAAACCCCCAAAGAGAAAGCCCUUUAACUUAAUGAUUACACAAUAAAUUGUAAUCAACAUUAUAAAUUACAAUAUUACACACAAAAAAAAAAACAAUACAAUUUUACCUUUAAGUAUAAUAUGUUUUUCACUGAAUUCAUAUAUUUUACCUUAUAUUUGUAUUAUUUUAAACCGAACUUGUUAAAAUAUUGCUUAACGUAAAUAAACAAAUAAAAAAAAUAUGUAGGUACUUGGUACGCGUAUCAUGAUAUGGAUUAUGUUCUCCUUUGCCUUCAUCACAGUGAUGUUGGGGUCGGCCACCCUCGUCCUGAACUUCCCACUUGAUUCAAUCACUCACCUCGCAUACACUGGCUGCCCUUGAAUGUCAUCAUAUCAUCCCCAAUCACGUUAAACGACCUCUACUUCAUAAUCCUCUUCUUACGUUUCUUCCAUUUUUUAUUUUCAUUACUAUUAUUACUGUUUCUGAUUGCCAAAUUUUAUUGUACCCUUAAAUUAAAUUUUAAAUUCAGUUCUUUUUCAUUGGUUUUUUUGCAUUCAAUUUAUUUUUUAAGAUUAUAAAUAAAUUAUAUCACGUCUAUAAGUAAUUAUUUAAUAAAUAAAAAGUACAUAACUACAUUACAACUGUUAAUAAUAAAUAUCAAUCAUACAAAUUAAAAAUUAAAUAUAAGUUAACAAAUGAACAGGUUUUAAUUUAAACAAUUGUUUUUUUUUCCGAACCUUCAGAUAUAUCACUAAACAUCACAAUUGUAUCUGAAAAACUUAGUUUGUUUAUUAUGUUCCUUUCGCAGGAAACCAGGUGUUCCGUUCGGGUCGUUUGACUACAACUUGUAACGCUGUAGUUUGUAAUUUCAUUUUUUAAGUGUUUAGUGUAAGGUGACCAUUUUUUUUUUCAUAUCAUCCGUUGUCCUGACAAACUUCAAACGAGACGUCUUUUGUCCCAUUUUUAGAGAUAUCCCCUUUUUAAUCCCGUUAUUUCUAUAUUAUUAUUUGAGUAAACGAAAAUAACCGGUAAAAAAUAUAUAAUAUGACAUGGCAUUCAAGAAAGCUUAACAUUCAUUUUGAAAAAUAAUAAAAAAUCUAAUCGACCGGAAUGUUGAUGAAGAUAAUCUUUUUGACGAGUAAUCAUGUACGAUGUUGUCAAUAACGUAAUAAAUGACAAAUUAUUGACUAUUUCAAAGAAUGGCAGAUAAAUUGUGUUAAAUUUCGUAAAUUAAAGAAAGAUGGUCUAUAUAAUUACAAAUAUAUAUAUAUAUAAUAUAUACAUAUACAUUAUACAUAAUGUCCUACAGUCUUUUCGUUAUGCUAAUAAUUCUGUUAAUAGUUCAUUUUUUUUUUCAAUUAAUAUCAGUGUUUUAUUAUUUAAAAUUUGAUUUGAUUUUAGGUAUUGAGGAAAAAAUUGAAAAAAUUAAUUUGUUGCGUGAAUUGAUUCAUCUCAAAGAAAAUACUGGGACUGGUUUCAGUUCUCAAAAUACAAAACAGAAAAAAAAUAUUAUCAGCGGAACAGUAAUGUCUGUUAUAUUUUUUGGUUGCUUCACUUUGGUAAUAGCAGUGAGUUUUUAUUCUUUCCGCAUGCUAUACCUUGCCGUGCAGAAAAAAUUCCCGUCUCCACAUUCAGAAUUGUAAUAAUGAUCACAAAGUAAUUUAUUAAGAUAACUUUUUGAUUAUAUUUACAUAUCUUAUACAAAUUAUAAUAAACAGAUUAGUAUAUGUAUAACCGUAUAGAUACUUAUUUAUAAUGUGUAAUAUGUAUUUAUUAACAUUGCAUCUAAUUGUACGCAAACAAGAUAAGUAUAGAUAUUUCAAUUUAUAGUAGUAAUAAUUUGUUGAUACUUAGGUAUAGUUUGUAUGUUUUUUUUUUCUAAUUAUUUGAAGUAUGUUCUUAUUCUCGAUAAACAUAGUUUUCAAAAUAUUCUUAUUUACUAUUUACUUGAAAUAACUUCAGUUUGUAAACAUUGACCUACCUGCAAAUGGCAGCUGACGUUAGAUUUAAGUAUAAAAUAAUAUACGAAGUCUGCUAUAUAGGCUAGGUAAUAUAUAUCUGUGUUUUUUUUUUUUAUUUGAGUUUAUCAAUGUUUUUUAUACUUAAAUUAGCUGACAGAUUGGUGCGUUUUCCAUGUCCAUCCUCAUUUAUCGAAGACAAAUCAUUGCUAUUAGCAUGGUCUAAUACAGUGGCUCUAAACACAUAUUAUAAUUAAAAAUCAAUAACAAAAAAAAGUGUCUUAUCAAUGAAUAAAAAAAUAUUUUUCUUGUAAAAAUUAAAACUUUCUUUCAAGAUAAAAAUAUAAUCUUAGUACAAUACCAAUUUAUAUUUUAUUAAAGAAAGAAAUAAUUUUUUAAAAAAUACCCCUUUUGCUAAUAUAUACCUAAUUAUUAAAAACACAAGUCAUAGAGGAGGACGCGUUAUUCUGGAUAAAAUUAGUAGAAGUAUGGGAAAUAUAAAUUUAAAAAAGUAAAGGGAUGACAUCCCUCCGUAUCCACCCCUCACUUCGAGAACUGGUUAAACAUCGUUCAGUUUCGAUAUGCUGUAUUUUGUACGAUUUUCGUCAGAAUUUGAAUUUUAAACGCACAUAAAAAAAAUACGACAUUACACGUAGGUACGAGAAUUAAGUGGCAUAUAUUUUAUGUAUAUAAAUUAUACAGAAUUCAAUUAAACUUAUUUAACAUUUAUGUCAGUCAUUUGUUGGAAAGUUGUAUUAAUGUAUAGGAAAGUCGUUAAAAAGUUAUGAUGCAUAACGUAAAUAAUUUCCCAAAAUCACCGCUAUAAGACCACACCAGUUGCAUAGCCAGGAUUUUUUUGAGGAGGUGUUUUUAUUUUGUGCUUAAAUGUAAUACAGUAACUUUAUUGUAUACGUGUAACACACAUAACAUAUACUACAUAAUUAUCUAUGCGUUACACAACAUAUUUUGUAGAAAUCUGAUGCAUAACUGCGUAUAGUAAAAAUUAUAAUUUUCGGCAUAAAAUAAUAAAAGGGGUGUAUUUGAACACCAACACAUAUCCUCUCUUGCUACGCCACUAGAUCACACUAACGACAAACUUUUGUUAAUACCUCCUAAAACGUUCAUGAUGGUUUGAAAAAAUUGUUCUUGACUUUUUAACGACUACCAAUAAAAACUUUUUAACGGUGACCAACAAAUGACCAACACAUUUUUUACAAUUAUUAUCUAUUUUGAAUUUAACUCUAUUACAUUUGUGCAAUUAAUUUCACGGACGUUUACAUUACACUUGAAAUUUUUAUAUUCUGAGCGUACCAAGGGAUCUACUGGUAAUACUAUAAUGUGGUUUUUUUUCUAUCAGAAAUCUUGCCCCAAUCAAAAAAUGCUAAGACCCAUUUUUUAUUGCAUUUUAGAUUUAAUUGACGAGUAAUGAAGUCGUUUUUUAGUUUUUUCAAAGGUUUCUACAAUAAAUGAGAAAACCCUAAAAGAUACGUAAAACAAAAACGGACACAAUAUUUUAGUUUUAAAUUGGUAUGUACAUAUUAUGUAGAUGAAAUUGUGUGGAUAAUUUAACUGAAAUAUUUGAAAAUUUAACACAAGGUUCAUUAUAAAUUGUAGUUGUCAAAAAUAAAAAAUAAAAAUUGAUCAUAACUAUAUCAUAAUUGUUUUUUUUUUUUCAUAAGCAAUUUAUUAUCAAAUUUUAAUGGAAAUUAUAAAUUUUCUGGCAUUUCAAAAUAAGUAAAAACGAAACUCUCUCAAAUAUAAAUUUCAUAUACCUCAUAGUCAUUGUAUUAAUUUAGUAAGUCAUUUUUUUUCCUAUACUCUACCGCACGAUAGAACAAGCCGCGUGAUAACGAAAAUUGUUCGGCUCCGCGCAUACCCACAUUUUUCGGCGAUGAAAUUUGAAUGCGUGAAGGGGAUACGAUGGCCCGGUCGGUCGACGAACGAUACACAGAUUCGUAGGACAGAGUAUAGUACUUAAUAUGUGAAAAAGCGAAAUAUUAUCUCUAUUUUACAAAACUAUGCAUGUUAAUGUGUGUUAUGUAAAACAUAUAGGAUAAAACUAUUAUUAUGAGUAUGAUCACACACGAUAAUAUGUUAUGCCUGCAUCGUUUUUCGCGUGAUCAAACGUGGAUACGGUUCAUUCCCAUGUCGCCGACUCCCAUUUUGCCGAAAACAUUUUAUUUUGUUAAUACUUAUCUGUGACGUCACAAAGAGUCGGCGAUGUGGGAAGACACGGUGGAUACGUGAACACUGCGCAGACCAAUUGUGAGAAAGAUUGGCAAAAAAACACAACUAACGAGUGUGAGGACUCGAGCAAGGCUCACGAUUGCAGACUGCAGCAGCAUCGGUCCUAUGUUAAGGUCGAGUGUGUCGAUAUUUGUAUCGGUAAUCAAUAA